GCCCGGCCGCUCCGCCCCAGUGCCCGCCCGCCCGCCUUCCGACGGGGGUGCGGCUCCAGGAAACGGCGCGCUCCCUGCUCAGUGCCACAGCGACCCGACACACCCCAGACGACCCCGACGACUCAGCCAGACCAUCAGGCAGGCCCCAAAGGCGGCAGCGGGGACAGCGGCCCCGGGUCCGAGCCUGGGACACCGUCGCACAGACGGGGCGGGCAGCACGGCUGGGAGCCUGGGAGGCCAUGGGGACUUGGGCGGGGCCAGCGGUCAUGGGCCAGCGGGAGACCCAGGUCUGAAGAGCGGCGGCGGGGCAGCGGGGCGGCAGGGGCCAUGACCUCCGUGUGGAAGCGCCUGCAGCGUGUGGGCAAGCGGGCUGCCAAGUUCCAGUUUGUGGCUUGUUACCACGAGCUGGUGGUGGAGUGCACCAAGAAAUGGCAACCGGAUAAGUUGGUGGUGGUGUGGACCCGGCGGAACCGACGCGUCUGCUCCAAGGCCCACAGCUGGCAGCCGGGCAUCCAGAACCCGUACCGGGGCACCGUGGUGUGGAUGGUGCCUGAGAAUGUGGACAUCUCCGUGACCCUGUACAGGGACCCCCACGUGGACCAGUAUGAAGCCAAAGAGUGGACGUUUGUUAUUGAGAAUGAGUCCAAGGGGCAGCGGAAGGUGCUGGCCUCGGCCGAGGUGGACCUGGCCCGCCACGCAGGGCCGGUGCCUGCCCAAGUUCCGCUGCGGCUACGGAUGAAGGCCAAGUCGGUGAAGGUGGUGCAUGCGGAGCUGAGCCUCACCCUCUCGGGAGUGCUGCUGCGCGAGGGCCGUGCCACGGACGAUGACAUGCAGAGUCUUGCGAGCCUUAUGAGCGUGAAGCCUAGUGACGUGGGCAACUUGGACGACUUUGCUGAGAGUGACGAGGAGGAGGCUAAUGGUCCAGGGGCCCCCGAGGCACGGGCUCGUGCCCCCCAGCCAGGCCGGGGCGGUGCCCUGAGGCCAGGGCGGUUCCCAGAUCCCCCUCGGGAGCUGAAGACACUCCGUGAGGAGGAGGACGAGGGCCGAGUAGCUCGGCCCCAGCAGGCAGCUGCCAGCCCUGCCAGUGCUGAGGAUGCCAGACCGGCCCCUGUGAGUGCCCCUGCGCCCCCAGCCAGGGCCUCCCGGGGCCAGGGGUCAGAACCAGCUACUGUAGCCGGGGGCCAGGUGGGGCCUGAAGCCCCAAGGCCCCCCGAAAUCCCGCCAGAGACGAGGUCUUCAAGACACCCAGGCCAGGAUUUGGCCCCCGUCCCAGCCCCUCGGCUCCGGAAAGGCUCUGAUGCCCCCUGGCCCUCAGUCCCCCAAGGGAAGGAUGAGGCCCCCAAAGCCUCAGGGGCUCCCCCAGCAGGAGUGGGUUCUGCCGGGGAGACCCAGGUGCAGGCAAACCCUCAGGAAGGAACAGAGGACCAGGGAGCCAGGCCCAGCCCAGGCAUUGAGGAUGGAGGCUACAGAAACUCUUUAAGGGGGCAGAAAGCCAAGGUUGAGGAAGGUGCCAUUGGGAACAGGACAGAGGCCGGUGGGGCGGACACUAAGGCGUCAGGAGUCAGAGAGGUGAACACUAAGAAAUCAGAGGUCAGAGCUGGGGAGACUGAAGAAAGUUCAGAAGUUACUCAAGUGGAUGCUGAGCAGAGGUCAAAGGUGAGACGUGGGGACACUAAGGGACCAGAGGCUACAGGGGUAAUGUCUGAGGCAAGAUUCCAGGGGACUCCUGAGGCUCCUCCGAGGGGCUCUCAGGGGAGGACAGGGGUCAGGCCCGGGGAUGAGGCCCUUGCUAUGCAGUGCUCACUCCCGGCAGAGCCUGCAGGGCAUUCUGGGCAUUUCAGCAACUCCCAGGGGGCCAGGGCCGCUGCAGGCCAGGAGAGAGAGGGUGCGGAGGUGAGUGAUGGGGCCUCUGGUGUUCGGGGGCCAGGCCUGGAGCAGGGCCCCUCUGUUGGAGCAGCAAGCGCCAGGCCCCAGGCGAGCAGGUGCCAGGAAGCCCCACCCGCAGCUGACCAGGGGGCAAUGUCUAGGGAUGUGGGGGCCUGGGAGGAAGCAACUGGGGACUUGAGGGUCCUGGGAGCAGAGAUGGGAGUGGCAGGGUCAGAAGUGUGGGGGACCCAGGAGACAAGAGCAGAGGGGUCAGGGUUCCCACAGACAGAGACUGGGACAGCAGAGGCUGAAAUAUUUGAGGCCCAUGAGACAGAGGCAGCGAGAUCAGGGCUCCUGGAAUCAGAAGCUGCUGGGAUGGCAGGGUCUGAGGAACUGGAGACCCAGAAGACAGAGGCCGGGGCUUCAGGAGCUCUGGAGACAGAGACUCAGAUGGCAGAGGCUGAGACACCGAGGACCCAGGAGAUAACAGGGGACUCGGGGGUACUGAAUAUAGAGGCUGAGAUAGCAGAACCUAUAAUAUUGGGGGCCCAGGAGACAGAGGUGGGGGGUUCACGGGUCUCAGAAAUAAAGUCUGAGAUAUCAGGGACCCAGGAAACAGAGUUAGGGGAUUCUGAGGUUCCAGGGUUUGAGUCUGAGACAGCAGAAGCCGAGAUAUUGGGGACCCAGGAAAAAACAGCUGAGGGUUCAAGAGUCUCAGACAUAGAAUCUGAGACAGCAAGGGUCCAAGAAACAGAGGCAGGAGAUUCAAGGGUCCCAGGAAUAGAGACUGAAGCUGCAAAAGCUGAGAUAUUGGAAGCUAAGAUAUUGCAGACCCAGGAGAAAACAGCUGGGGGUUCAGGGGUCACAGGGAUGCAGGCUGAGAUAGCAGGGGCCCGGGACACAGAGGUGAGGCAUUCAGGAGUCUCAGGGCCAGAGGUUAGAGUGGCAGAGGUUGAGGGGCUGGGGACUCAACAGACAGAAACUGCAGUUUUGGAGGCUGAAGAGGCUAAGACCCCGGGGGUCCUGGAGGCAGAGACGGGGCUCUGGGGGAGCCUCACACAUGAGGCUUUAAAGGCCCCAGUUACUAAGCAUGGAGUUUCAGGGUCCUGGGGAGCAGAGGCAGAGACUUCAGUUUUGCGGGUCCAGGAGGUAGAAACUGAGGCUCUGGGGAUUUCAGAGGCCAAGGCUGGGGUUUGGGGAGCCCACGAAGCCAAGAUGGAGGUUUUAGGUCUUCCAGAGAACCAAUCUGGUAUUUUCGAGGCCCAGGAAGCAGAAGCCGGGGUCUUGGGAACCAAGAAGGGGAAAGCAGCUGAGGCCAGCCUGACCGAGGCACAGGUGGCCGCUGGGGCAGGGGCUGGGGUGCCUGGGCCCUCAGGGGCCUCUCCCCCAGAGGAGCCUGAAGAGGACAGGAGGCUGCCGGGCAGCCAGGCACAGCCUGCUCUGGUCAGCUCGAGCCAGUCCCUACUGGAGUGGUGCAAGGAAGUCACCGCUGGCUAUCGUGGUGUCCGAAUCACCAACUUCACUACAUCCUGGCGCAACGGUUUGGCCUUCUGUGCCAUCCUGCACCGCUUCUAUCCAGACAAGAUAGACUAUGCCUCCCUUGACCCGCUCAACAUCAAACAGAACAACAAGCAGGCCUUCGAUGGCUUCGCAGCCCUGGGCGUGUCGCGGCUGUUGGAGCCCGCAGACAUGGUGCUGCUGUCGGUGCCCGACAAGCUCAUCGUCAUGACGUACCUGUGCCAGAUCCGCGCCUUCUGCACCGGGCAGGAGCUGCAGCUGGUGCAGCUGGAGGGUGGCGGCGGCGCCGGCACGUAUCGCGUGGCCAGCACCCAAUCCAGCACCCAGUCCAGCUCGUCCAAGGACCUGGACGCCAGUGGCCUUGCACAGCGGCUGCGUGAGCACCGGGCCGAGGCGCCGGAGGAGACCAAGGAAACCAAGGAAGCCACGAGCCCCAUGGAAGGGACAGCCCCCGAGGUGGCUUCUAAGGACCGCGGGGCCGAGGCCACCCAGGAGGCGCGCUCUGCGGAGACCCCGGCCGACAGCUCCGGAGCCCGAGCAUCGGUGCUCCCGGCGGAGGGUCUGGUGAAUGGGGCGGGGGCGCCGGGCGCAGGGAGCAGCACGCGGCUGCGGCGGCUGUCCGUGAACGGGGAGGCGGGGCCGGUGCCCCCGCCCCGCGCACAUGGCUCUUUCUCCCACGUGCGCGAUGCGGACCUGCUAAAGAAGAGGCGCUCCCGGCUGAGGAACAGCAAUUCCUUCUCGACUGACGACCCGGAAUCGGGAGGAGCAGUGGGAACCACGGGAGCUGCGGCUGGGGAAGGCCUGAGCUCUGCCCCCAGCUCUGCCCCCAGCCCAGCCACAGCCGCAGCCCCAGCCCCAGCCCCAGUCCCAGUCCCAGCCCCAGCGCCAGCCCCACAGCAGCCCGCUGGUGGGAUUCCCCCAUCAGAGGAGUCGCCCCCAAGCCCCGGGGAGGAGGCUGGGAUGCAACGGUUCCAGGACACCAGUCAGUACGUGUGUGCAGAGCUACAGGCCCUGGAACAGGAACAGAGACAGAUAGAUGGGCGGGCAGCUGAGGUGGAGACGCAGCUGAGGAGCCUCAUGGAAUCAGGUGCCAACAGGCUGCAGGAGGAGGUGCUGAUCCAGGAGUGGUUCACGCUGGUCAACAAGAAGAACGCCCUAAUCCGGAGGCAGGACCAGCUGCAGCUGCUCAUCGAGGAGCAGGACUUGGAACGGAGGUUUGAGCUGCUGAGUCGGGAGCUACGGGCCAUGCUGGCCGUCGAAGAAUGGCUGAAAACAGCGGCACAGCAGCACCGAGAGCAGCUCCUGCUGGAGGAGCUGGUGUCACUGGUGAACCAGCGCGACGAGCUGGUCCGGGACCUGGACCACAAGGAGCGGAUCGCCCUGGAGGAGGACGAACGCCUGGAGCGCGGCCUGGAACAGCGACGUCGCAAGCUGAGCCGGCAGCUGAACCGGCGUGAACGCUGUAUGCUGAGCUGAGGCCGCGCCGCCGCCGGGAGUGCUCAGCUUUUCUGUCGCUGCUCCCUUUGUGCGCUCCAGACAACCCGGCUCUCGCGGCUGCCGCGCGCGGCCUGUAGGGGCCGCCAUCGUCCCUUUACCCGGAGGAGUAGGGUGGCCCAGAGGGCAGGAGAGGCUGGGCGGCCGUGCCGUCGGGCCUUAUUUAUUUGUCCAUGUGUGAGUGUGAGUGUGAGUGUGUGUGUGCGUGUUCGCGGGGUUGGGAGUCCCCGGAGCGCAGCGCAGCGCAGAACCCCUCCCCUCCCUUAGGCAGGGCCCAGGGCCCCGGGCCGGCGGCCAGCCCCAGGGGAGCGGGAUGGGUGUGAACUGCCUUGCCCACUCUCCUUCGCUUCCUGUUCCUUGUAAGGAAUAAAGCUGGACAAGGCUGCACCAGAGCCGGCUCUUUCUCAGGACAGCUGGGGUUUUCAAUAGACGGAAGGGGUUGGCAUUUCAGCCGAUAAGGUUGUCUGCGAUCCCUAACUGGGCUGUGCGGGAUUUGAGGUUCCCAGAUGCCAGCAGAAGUGGGACCUCAUCCUUGGAAGGUUGAUGGGGGUUUGGGUUGUUAAUAACUGUAGGGAAGAACUAUUUAAAAAAAAAAAAGACAAA